UAAUGAGAGACCAACAAAUAUCGGGAGCGCGGUUUGAAUUAGCAUUUGAAGCGGUUGAUCUGUUUUUGCCGUGCGGGAGUUACCGUAGGUGUGAGCCGCUGUGCACACUGACUCCUGGGGCUGACGGUUGCAAAAGAAAUCUAAAAAUCUGUAUAUUUCAUUGACUUGGACUAGUUGUCGUCAUAUUUAAACCUGGAGGGAUCUACCCCAAAAACAACUAAAGUGCCAGUAGGCACAAAAAGCCCCCUGCAUCAGCUGCGACGUCUGGUGCUGAAGGACAUAAGAAAUGACCUCAGUGUGAACAGUGGACUAAAACACCCAUCAAGUUCACUUAAAAGGAGAGUGAGUGAAUCUGGAUGUCAGUCUUUACUACAGAGCAAAUCAAGCUUUGGAAAAGGCGAUCUGGAAAAAAAUAUAGAUUGUGGCUUUUCAAGCUCUAGAAGUAAGAAAAAUAUGAAUAUUUAUGCAGACAUUACAAAUACUCCACUGGCCCUCCAUGAUAAAGAAAGAAACGAAAGCAUCAGGACAGAAAUCUCAGUGCAGAGUGCCCUAAAGAACAAUGAUGGUACAGUCUCUCCUGUUAUAUUUCAAGAAAAUUUGCCGCCCGUGCUGCAUGAAAUCCAGUUCUCUUCUCCUGAUUGCCAUUCAGAAUCUAACAUUUUGGGCAUCUCUAAUAUGCCCCUGUCCUAUUUUACAGAUCCUAUAGUUCCCAAUGAAAAUGAGCAAGAACAAGAGUCUGUCCAGAUCGCUUCCAUUAAUUGUAACAAAUAUUUUAGCACUCCAAUGCCAUCUAAAGAAAGGGUAAGGAAAAAACUUACUCCUGUUAUGGAAGUGGAAUUUGAAUCAAAUAUGUCAGAGGAAUGGGAUCCUCAAGACAAAGUACCCAGAAUAGAUGAGCUUCACAAGGCAGAUGUCUUGUCGCAUGAAAGUCCCACAGAAACGCUACUCUAUAGAACUUUUUUUGCUGCAGAGUGCCAAGAAAUAGUUAAUCAGAUUGAGAACAUAGAAACUGAAGUGAAGAGUCCAGGCAAACGAAAAUUGGAAGAAUUUGAGUCUAUCAUUGAUUCCGAACUGCCUCCAUAUGAUUGCACACCAAUGAAGUCCAUGCUGGCUUGCGAAGUGGCCAAAAUGUUGUGUUCUCUGGAAAGUAGCCCCCUUAAGGAAGGGGUAUCGCUAUUUGGGGAGAGCCUGUUGGAUCUCGAGAAGACUGAUAUGCAAAUAACUGAUUUUAACUUAUCUGAAUGCGGCACUAAAAAUAACAAAGUGCAUUCUCUGAGCGAGACUGCAGAGCUUUCCUUUUUGAGUGACAGACUGGAUGGUAUAUGCGUAAAAAGGCAGAAGAUAGAACCAUUUGAGAAGACUUACCCAGGGGUAGACCCUGUUAACCAUAUAAAUAAAAUGUCUCCUUUAGCACCUGAAGUACCCACUAUAAAGCCUGUGCAUAGCUAUGCCACUAGCAAAUGUGAUGAAAGUGUAACUACAGCCCUCCCCAAAAAUCUCCUUCAUAUGGAACAUGCGCUCUCUGACGAUAAAACUGAACCGGCUGUAUUGGUAGAGGAUACGGCUGUUGUGCAGAAUGUCAGCCAAGUGAUUAAGGCUUCACUUCAAGACCUGAUCACUACUACUAGGAGUCCUACACCUGUACAUGAGAUUACUAAAGGCUGCAUUAGGCAGUUCACCGACACAGGUGAAAUUAAGCUGUGUGCCAGUACUAGACAGCCCAUUGCAUUAACCUAUGAUGAUCUGCCAUCUACUGAUAUCGCUCAAGAGACUGAGGCAAGCAAAUCCCCUCCCAACACCAGACAGAGUUUUAUAUCAAUAAGUGAUGAGAUGAAUAUAGCAAAUGCCACUCGGGAAAUUGAAAUAUUGCCAAAUAACAAAACAGUAGAUAUACCAUGCAGUCAAGAGGAGGUCAGUAUAUUUAACACUGCUCUGGUGUCUGAAAUGGUGGGACUGCCAUCUGGUUGUACUACACAAGACAUAGACUUGGUUUCUGAUAUAAUUUCAGGAAAUACUAUACACAUAAUUGAUGGUCUUUCCCUUUCUGCCAAUAUCGCACAGGACAUUUCUCCAACGCCUGAGGUGGUUACUACAGACAAUGCAACACAGAUAAUUGAAACAGGACCUCAAUGUCCUGUGAACACCACAGAAGACCUUACAUCCAUGCAUGAGAACAAAACUACCAAUAAUGAAAUGGAAAUGGUGGCACAGUCUUGUCUAAAUGCUACUCAAGACAUGACUGCCUCGGACGUUGAUGUAAUAGCUAACACCACUCUGGCCGCUGAAGUUGAGCCCCAGUUUGUUCAUGAUGUGAGCGUCUUUACUGUUGGGUCACUUUCUUUUAUCACCUCCACACCUGUCCCUGGACUAAAUGAUUUUGAGUUUCAGAAAAGUGGCAAAGAACCUGUUCAACAUGACCCUAACAUGUCCAGUGGCUCAGUGUUUGAUUAUUCCACAAACAAGGUCCACAGGGACCUGAGAAUGAUCACCCAGAAGCGGCCUCAUGUUGCACAGGGAUUGAACUGUAAUGAUGAAGGAAAACCAGAAACUUCGCAAGGAUCAUUUUUCCCUCCCAGUAUGCAAAUAGGAAUGGUUCAUUCAUCAGCGGCAAUGCCAAAACCAAUGUCUGGCAUCCCGUCAGCACGCCGUUCUUUAGCGUUGCAUCAAAACUCAAGUCAGAAUCCGGCAAGGGAACAAACGGGCUCUAAAAUUGCACCAAGGGGCAUACCGGGAAAAGGUAUGAUCCGCCCCCCAAUGGCCCGCCAAAGUUUGCCAAGGCCUAGUCUGGGAAAACCAAAACAAGCCAUGGAGGGCGCUGGAGGAGGCAAUAUAACCAACAAGUUUACUGGAAACAGGCUAAAAACUCCAAAAGCUCCUGCUGUUAAGGUAAAGUCUGGUACUACGCAUUCUCAGCUACCAACUGCCCUUUCUGUUAAACCACCUACACGAUUUGGGGUAACAGGUCAUACUGGACGUCUCUCUGUUGGAAGCCAGAAUGCAGUUGCCAAUCUGCAAGAUACUCGAAGUGGCGAGACUGUUUUGGUUGUGCGUCCGCCAACAUCAACUGGUGUCAGAACCGGCCUUCCAAGACCAGGAACAUCUUCAAUACGUCCCCCUCUUCUACAAUCCCAAAAAGUGUCCCCGAAACUUAAAUUUCAAGGGUUACCUACAAAAAAAAAUCUGGGAGAACUUCCAACACUUGGGUUACGAAAAGAAAUUGGCUUAAAAGCUGAAAGCACAUCAGCUGUAAGAUCCACUGCAAAACAGACAACUCCUUCACUGGGCGUCCCUAAAGAGGCUGCCUCCUUUGAAGCCAGUUUUCAAGCUAAUGCCUCUUCAAACCAUGCUGUGCAAACCAAAGCAGAAAACCACAAGGUUUAUUCCUCGCUGACCGCAAAAGAAGAGAUUGAAAGAAGUCCAACUAAUUCUACUGAAUUUGCUGAAUCCAUACAUGAUGGUUGCAAGCACCUAGAGAUAUGUAAAUGCUGUCAUUUGAGGUAUCACAAACUUCUGCAAGAGAAUGAGGAUCUUAAGAGACGUCUUGGUCAUGUACUGCCUACACAAGUGGAGGUGACUCGUAUGGCUAUGAAGAGUGAAGAUCUUGACCGUAUAUGAAGGAUUAGUUGCUUGUAUUUCAAAUACCUAUGAUUGAAGCUGCCUAAGUCACUGGGAUAAAAGCUGCUAAAAUAUAUACACAUUGGCUUGUUCUGUCCCAUUAUAGCUGCCGUGUACAUCUAUGUUCUUUACUGUGUGAAUAACUGCUGUUGAUAUUGUAAGAUUUGUAUUUUAUAUUAAUAUGUAAAGUAAAAAAAAUAAACUAUCACUUUUUCA